AUGGCUCGACUUAUCGUCAAGAAAAAACUUCUUUUUCUUUUGGUUGUGUGUAUAGCAACUACUGUAUUGUUCGUUGCACGAAUGCACGAACCUCAUCUGCGACUACUAGAACAUUCACUGACAUCAAGUGUACAUGGUGGUGAUAGACGAUCACUUCAACUGAGUGAACUCAUCGAUCUUGCACGAAGACAAAAUAUAGCUGUCAGUUAUCCAAGUGGUCUGGUUCCGAAUAACAAUUUGUCAGUAUUCCCGCCUGUCAUACAGGGUGCGAUGCUUCACAUCAACGAGUCUAAACACUUUUAUGGUUCAGGACUUGAGAGCCAGCAGCCAGUAAUUGAACCAACAGUUGUGACCAGGUCGUCUCCCAAUGAGACGUGUCGGAGACAUAACAACGUGGUAUUUUUGAAGACACACAAAACAGGAAGUGACACCACAUCUCAGAUAUUUGUACGUUUUGCUGACACACAUAAUUUGUCAAUUGUCCUACCGACGGAGACAUGGAAUCUUGGGUGGCCUUCUACGGUUCGUGAAAAAAAAUACAUACAUUCUAAAGACAAUGCCAAGUUUAAUAUUUUGUGUUUGCAUUGUGUGUAUAAUAGAAACGCCUUUGAUAAUAUAAUGGCAGAUGGGACGAAGUAUGUCACUAUAUUACGUAAUCCAUGGAAUCAGUUCAAAUCGGCAUUCAAUUAUUUUGGAUGGAGCAAGCUUGUUGAAAAAGAAAAUGAAAAUACUACACAAUAUUUAGAAAAGUUUCUUGAACAUCCAGGACGUUUCUACAAAUGGGAGAAUGAGACGACCCGUGUAUACAUGAGGAAUUUCAUGUCGUUUGACUUAGGAUUGCCUCCCACGCAAUAUGAUGAUGUAAACGCCAUCAUGACAUUUGUAAAAAUGAGAGAAAAUGAAUUCGACCUUGUGAUGAUUUUGGAAUACUAUGACGAAUCCUUGAUUCUCUUAAGACGAAUGUUGUGCUGGAAAUUGCGAGAUAUACUCUAUAUACCGAUUAACGUUAGUAAAAAGACUACACAUGUUCAACCGUAUGCCGAACAGUUAUAUCGUCACUUCAGUCAGGCUGAUUUCACCCUAUACGAACACUUUAAGGAAAUAUUCCUACAACGUCUUAAAAAGUCGCCUUCACUAUCUGAGGAAGUCACCUAUUUCCGGCAGAUAAACAGCGAUUACAAACUGUUCUGUACACAAGCUGAGAGAAACAGUUCGAUGAAAUUUGAGGUAAACAAAUCGGACUGGAAUGAUAUGUUUCAAAUCGAUUCUUCCUACUGCACCAAAUCAAGAUUGCCAAUCACAGCAUACGUAAGCGAGUUAAAACAAAAACAUUAUGGUAUAGACACAGUUAGAACAACACAUCUAUGGCGUAUACCAUGA